CCCCUAAAUCCGAUAGACCUUUCCGGCUAAUUUCUUCCGGGUGGCCAAAAAAACUAAAAACAAAAACUGAGCCCGACCAUAAAUGGAAGGAAACCCCCUCGCUCGCCCUGCUCAUUCCCCACAGCCAACACGUGACGUGCACACAGAAUCGAGUGAGCCAAAAUUGCUGGUCCCGCAAUCCUCUCUCGCACGCAACCCGACGCCCAUCCGCCCGCGUAGAAGUCGACAAACCCGCCCUCGAUUUCCAUCGACAACCAACUCACCGAAACACCACAGCAGCAACUUGUCAAACCGCCACAAUGGGAAAGGUUCACGGAUCGUUGGCGCGUGCCGGAAAGGUCAAGUCUCAGACCCCCAAGGUUGAGCCCCAGGAGAAGAAGAAGACCCCCAAGGGCCGCGCGAAGAAGCGUCUUACAUACACCCGCCGCUUCGUCAACGUCACCCUCACCGGUGGCAAGCGCAAGAUGAACCCCAACCCUACCGCUUAAGCGCUUUUUCUCUCCUUCCCUACGCAUUCGAUACGACUCUAGGAACGUCUGUGCCACCGGCAUGAGGGUGGAAUCGACGGGACAAUCAAGUUCAAGGGUGGUUGGCGAAAUAUGGUGAAAUUUGGGAAAUUGCCGUCGUGGUCGGGGAUUCUACCACUCCUCCCACCCCUCCCUCUCCGCCUGCUGAUGGUGUGAGAUCGGGUGCGGCUAGGGUGUAGAUAUUCUCCUUCGACCCGAUGAAGCAACAAGAGACAAACGAAUGCGUACAGCAGAAAUACGUAAAACUACUUGGUUUUCUGGCAUUCAAAAUCGGAAAUGGGGAAUUCGCUUUUUUACUCUGCCUCUGUCUCCAAUGAGCCCGCCGGAUGUCGUCAAAGGUCGCCGGUGGUUCGCCAUCACUCGGGGAGAAAUACACGCUAGUUCUUCGGCCA